AUGGUGAUGCCGCUAUGGGGAAGACGUCAGUUCUCGUGCUACCACACCCCGUCAACUGCGUACAUUGAUUCUUAUCGUGCCGCAGCUCGCGCUGGUAGUCAAAAGGACGAGAGUUCGUGGCUAUAUCCUCGCAAUCUUCUGCGCCUUCACAGACUGAAGAACCUGCUUACUAAUGACUCUGAGGAGACACUGCGCGGACCAGAAGGUAGCAAGGAUGCCGACGAUGCGUUCUACUUCGCCUCACAGCCCGAGAAAAUCGUGCCUCGGUUACUACUAUAUAGGGACAUACCGAAAGCGGACGAAACUGAACGGAAGGCUAACGCUGCUGACCCGUUGAAUCACUACAUCAAGGAUACUCCGGAUAAGCACAAGGGCAAUGACAAAUACGGGAUCGCCGCUCGGAAGGCCGUGGCACAUUUGCAGUUCUCUAGGAACGUUCAUGAGAAAAUCGUAUGGACCAUCAACCAUGGCGAAUCCUAUAUGCAUCUAGGAGAUCCACAGCAUGAGAUCGGAUCACUGAGCAAGGUCGUGGACCGCAUCAGUAACACCCUUUAUGUUUUCUUUUUGACCAAAGCGCAGAAGAGGGUGCGUUUCCAAGACUAUUGCCCUGUAGUCUGA